CGAACAAAGAGGCGGCGGGCGCGGGCGGCCGACCGGAGCCGAGCGCAGCCGAGCCGGGCCGAGCCGGGCCGAGCCGGGCCGGGCCGGACCCAGGAGCGCGCGGGCGAUGCGGGAGGCCAGGCCGGGGUCGGCGGGCCCCUGAUCCCUGCGCCCCAGGCCAGCCAGGGAGCCCCGCGGCGGCCGCGCGCUCUAGCCGCCGGCCCGCCAUGGCCGGGGUCAGCUACGCGGCGCCCUGGUGGGUGAGCCUCCUGCACCGGCUGCCCCACUUCAACCUGCGCUGGGAGACCACCAGCAGCCAGUUCCGGCCCGAGGACACCGACUACCAGCAGGCGCUGCUGCUGCUGGGGGCGGCCGCGCUGGCCUGCCUCGCCCUGGACCUCCUCUUCCUGCUCGUCUACUCCUUCUGGCUGUGCUGCCGGCGGCGCAAGAGCGAGGAGCACCUGGACGCCGACUGCUGCUGCACCGCGUGGUGCGUCAUCAUCGCCACUCUGGUCUGCAGCGCCGGUAUCGCCGUGGGGUUCUACGGCAAUGGGGAGACCAGUGACGGCAUACAUCGGGCCACCUACUCGCUCCGCCACGCCAACCGCACGGUGGCGGGGGUCCAGGACCGCGUGUGGGACACCGCAGCUGCCCUGAACCGCUCGGCGGAGCCCAGCCUGCAGAGCCUGGAGCGGCAGCUGGCCGCCCGGCCAGAGCCCCUGCGGGCUGUCCAGCGGCUGCAGAGCCUGCUCGAAACGCUGCUGGGCUACACGGCUGCCAUCCCAUUUUGGAGGAACCCAGCCGUGUCUCUGGAGGCGCUGGCCGAGCAGGUGGACCUCUAUGACUGGUACAGGUGGCUGGGCUACUUGGGCCUGCUGCUGUUCGACGUGGCCAUCUGCCUCCUGGUACUGGUCGGCCUCAUCCGCAGCUCCAAGGGGAUCCUGGUCGGGGUCUGCCUGCUGGGGGUCCUGGCCCUAAUCAUCAGCUGGGGCGCACUGGGCUUGGAGCUGGCCGUGUCUGUGGGCUCCAGCGACUUCUGCGUGGACCCCGACACCUACGUGACCAGGAUGGUGGAGGAGCGCUCGGUGCUGAGCGGGGACAUCCUUCAGUACUACCUGGCCUGCUCACCCCGUGCCGCCAACCCCUUCCAGCAGAAGCUGUCGGGCAGCCACAAGGCUCUGGUGGAGAUGCAGGACGUGGUGGCUGAGCUCCUGAAGACCGUCCCGCGGGAGCACCCAGCCGCCAAGGACCCCCUGCUCCGUGUCCAGGAGGUGCUGAACGGCACGGAGGUGAACCUGCAGCACCUCACCGCCUUGGUGGACUGCCGCAGCCUGCACCUGGACUACGUGCAGGCCCUCACAGGCUUCUGCUACGAUGGCGUCGAGGGCCUCAUCUACCUGGCCCUCUUCUCCUUUGUCACAGCCCUCAUGUUCAGCUCCAUCGUCUGCAGUGUCCCACACACCUGGCAGCAGAAGAGGGGCCCCGAUGAGGAUGGGGGGGAGGAGGCCGCCCCAGGGCCGAGGCCGGCACACGACAGCCUCUACCGCGUCCACAUGCCCAGCUUGUACAGCUGCGGCAGCAGCUAUGGCAGCGAGACCAGCAUCCCGGCCGCAGCACACACUGUCAGCAACGCCCCGGUCACCGAGUACAUGAGUCAGAAUGCCAAUUUCCAGAAUCCCCGCUGUGAGAACACCCCUCUCAUCGGGCGCGAGUCCCCGCCGCCUUCACGCUAUCUGGCUGCCCUGGACUCUGGCGGCCACACGGGUUGGCAGUUUAAGCCCAUGAACAGUGCCUGAACGCUGUGGUGGCUGUGUCCUCAGAGUGACAGUACACUUCCAGCAUGAGAGCGAAGUACCUCGCCACGAGCCAGCCUCGCCCCAACUCCAGCAGCAGCGGGCACUAGACCGCCCGACAGCCACCCGCCCCACGUGCCAAUCGCCCCACUCCUCCCCGGGCCGGCCUUGCUGCUUACACCCGCGGCUGCCUGCCGCACCCUCCGCACCCACCCCGGGCCUGCUGCCGGCGCGCUGUGGCCACUCGCCCCCCUCCUCCCCUUCCUGCAGGGGCGUGGAGAUGCCCGGCAGGCUCCUGCUGGUGGCGACGCAGGGGCUCUGGGCCCGCACCCUCUCCUUGGCUCACACGCCUGGACACCUGGGGGUGCUGCCAGCGACGCCCGGGCCCUCCUGGCCCCCAGCCCCGUGCCCCUCUGCCUCCGAGGAUUCGGGGAUUUGCAGAGCCCUGCGCUGGGCCAGAUGUGUCGUGCUGGUGCUGUCCCUGCAGAUCCCUGCCGUCUCCUCGCCUGGCAGCUGCCCCGCCCCGCCCCGCCCACAGCUCUGAUGCCUCUCUGCUCCUUCGAUGCUUCUGUGCCUCACCUCUUAGUUUGUAGGCAGCGCGGUGCUCCCUGUGUGCUGGGCGUCUGGAGGGACGGCCGUGUGGACCCACCCGCCUGCUUGUCUCCCGCGCGUGGAGACCCUCUUGUGGCGCCUUCACAUGCCUCUGCAGCAGCUAUAACUCCUUCCUUCCCUCGCCCCCCGCCCCACCCCAGGCUCUCUGCAUCGGGUCCCCACUUUCUCUGCUUCCCUCCCAGCAGCGCUCUCUCCCUCAGCACCCACCCCGCCUGUGGCACCCAGCCCUCCCCGGCGGCAGGAGACAGCGGGUGCCACGCGGAGCCCAGGCUGCUCAUCGAGUGCUGGCCGCCCUCUUGGUGCCAAGACCCCUCCCCCACCCCAGAGGCUUGACAGCUUCAUCCGGUUCAUUCCUUGCACUAACCACAUUUGUCAUCUCUAGGGCAGGCGGGGUGGCGGGCCGAGCGGCACCCCCUUUUCGGUUCCCUUUCCAUCCAGGACAGGCACAGUGUCCCAGAGCCGGCCGGGGGGCUGGACCCGAGCUGGCUGUGAAUGUGCCCUUGGCCCCUGCCGCCCCUCUUGGGACUAACCACUGACCUCACUCCAGCCUCCGAGAGAAAGCACCCCUGGCCAACCCAAAGCCCGCGAGUGUGACGCCGAGUCCAGGCCGGAGCUGAGUCCCAGGAUAGCCAGCUGGGAGUCGGGCUGGAGGAGGUGUUUCUUCUCGUGGUGCUGCUGGGGGGUGUCGAAGAUCGAGAGGCAGCCCAAGGGCCUGGAGACCCUCCCUGGGCAGGCGCUGCGCCAGGGGACCGUGUCCUCAGGAAUGAAUGUCCCUUGGGCUGUAGGACUGAGGUCCCUGUGGCCUCAGUCUCCCUACCUGUGAAGCGGGAAUAAGGCUUCCCUAAGGUGCUUUUGGCGUAGUGUACAAUGUUUGCUGUGUUUCCUGCCGCAGAUGGGGGUGUUACCCCCAGAUCAAGUUGGAAAGUCCCCUGCCGGUCCCAGCCCUGCCCAGCCAGCCUGAAGCAAGAGAGGCCAGGUGCAGCCUCUGCCCUGUGUCAGUCCAGGGGCAACAGAGAGCCACUUGGCAGCCACACGAGGCCCCAGGCCGGGGCAGACAGCAGCCGGCCCGGCAGUUUACAGACAUGGGGGGCUCUUUCUCCCAGAGCGGCAGGGCACCCCUUCCCCAGGGUGGCCUGGAAGAGGCCACCUUCCUCUGUGAUCCCUUCUUUGUGCUGGUAUCUGGGACCAAAAGCAUGGGUGGGCCUGGGACUAGGUCACAUCUCCCCCGUUCCUGGGGCAGCCUCUGCCCUGGACGGGGUUGGGGGAGUGAGUAGGCAAACACGGGGGUGCUCCAGGUGGGCCUAAGGGCCCGCAGCCUCGCAUCUGAGCCUUCGCACACGGCCAAACCUCACUGAAAGGCACCUUGUGCUCCAGGCCCCCCACUGUACACACACACACCACACACACAUACACAUACAUACACAUAUAUGGCGGUACCACAGCCCAACCGACAAGUUUUUCUGGGCUCCACCGCCUGGGCGGAGCAUUCCCGCGCGGCCUCGGAUCAGAGGGGUGGCGUCGGGCUGUGCUGCCUGGGGCGCCGCUCGGAAGCACAAACGGCCGCCCGGCCCGCGAGGCCGAAAUGUGAAUGUACAUAGCGUGAGAGCCGGGCGCCGGGGACCUGCGCCGCUCAGAGCCCCUCCGUGCGUGCAUCGUGUGCGUGUCUGCCCGCCCAUCUGACUCCGCCCAGUUCCUUCUACUCACUAAGGCGGAAGAAAGGAAAACGGGGGAGGUUAAAAGGGGUGCAAGACCAAGCCUCGGUCCUGGAGGGGGAGCGCAUCUCGCCCUUGGUUUUCUUUUUGCUGUUUAAUUUCAGGCCGUUUCCUAACCCGUCCCGUCCCGGUGACUUACCCUCGUCCGCUCCCACCCCUGCACCUGUGGUUCUUGCCCCUCGCAGGCCCUGCAGCAUCUUGGGCAGUGGUCCUCUACCACGUGGAUGGGAGGGAGACGCCCCGAGGCCCCUGACGGGCUAGGCGGGCAGGAGGGGUUCCAGUCCGGUCGCUCGCCGAUGGGGCUCCUUGUGCAGGCGCACGCUUCCCCCAGCUCCCCUGGCCUGGUGUAGGGCCUGAUCGGAAGCCCUGAUCCUAUAUGCCCCUCCACGCCCACCCCAUCUCACUAUGCAAUCCCAGUCCAAGCUCCAUUCCCUCCCUACCCCAGGACCCCCGCCCCGGCCGGGAGGGGUGCGUGGGUGACAGCCCUAAAUGGGGGGACGAGCGGGGACCAGGGCCUCUUGGGCGGGUUUUUUUUUUUUUUUUUUAACCAUAAUGUUUGUGUGCCGCACCACUUUAUAUUUGUUACAUAUAUCUCUCGAAGUAAUUUUGUUAAAACUCCCCCUCCCAGGCUUCUCUCCUGGCCCUUGCAUUCCACCCACAAGGUGAUUUCGCGUCCUGAGCGGGGAACUGAGGCCUGAACCGCUUGGCAUUCUCCAACUUCCGUAGGGCCAUGGCUGUAUGUUGCUGUCGCUGUGUUUCUGGGUUUUUUUGUUUGUUUUUGUUUUUUUAACUGGGUUUGGGGUUUGAUUUUUAUUUCUCUGGGGGCUUUAUUUUUCUUGGCAAAUACUAAAAAUCUCGUCAAUGUAAUUUCUGUGGUUUCUAUUCAGCUUGGGUUUCAUGUUUUAAAAUAAACAAAUUUUAAAAAACA